CCGGACAGGGGUGGGCACCUGCAGGUAGCCCAGGGGCUGGCCCGCGGCGCGUGGCACCACGUCCAGCAGCGGUGCUGUGCCAACUGGGCUUGAGCAGCCUGGGCAGCUGGGCACAGCAGGUGCCCAGGCACUCGCCAGCAGCAGGACUGGUCCUUACUGGGGCAGGAUUGGCCCCUUCCUGGGGCAGGAGCUGCGGGCAGGGUGGCAGAAGGCAGUGCUGCUGGGGCAGAGCUGGGUGAGGGCUCAGGGGAUGCAUCCAGCAAGGCCUGGCCACUCCUGUGCCCACUGAGGGCCCCUGCAAGUGGCAGCAGCCCCAGCCAAAGUGACUUCUCUGCUUUGCCCUCCUAGCAUGACAGAGAAGGAGGUGCCAGAGCCACCAGCUUCACCUGCUCCAGGUGGGAAAGCCAAGAGCCGGCUGCAGAAGCUGAAGGAACUCUUCCAGCGGAAGCCCAAGGAGGAGACGGCGCCGGAGCCGCAGCCCAACGGGGAGCUGGUCAGCCCCUCGGGGGGGCCCAUCUUCUACAUCUACGAGGAUGAGGAGGAGGAGGAAGAGGAGGAGGAACCCGAGCCCCCUCCUGAGCCCCAGAAGCUGGUCAAUGACAAACCUCACAAGCUCAAGGAUCACUACUUCAAGAAGCCAAAGUUCUGCGACGUCUGCGCCCGGAUGAUCGUCCUCAACAACAAAUUCGGCCUGAGGUGCAAGAACUGCAAGACCAACAUCCACCACCACUGCCAGUCCUACGUGGAGAUGCAGCGCUGCUUCGGCAAGAUCCCCCCAGGCUUCCGCCGGGCGUACAGCUCCCCCCUCUACAGCGACCAGCAGUGCGCAGGCAGCAAGGACCUGCUCUCAGCCACCAGGAGCGACCCUGUGUUCGAGACGCUGCGGACAGGAGUGAUCAUGGCCAACAAGGAGCGCAAGAAAGGGCAGGAGGACAAGAAAAACCCUUUGGCUGCUAUGAUGGACGAGGAGCCCGAGGCUGCGAAGCCGGAGGGAGGCAAGGCUGAGGGCGCCACCUCUGAAGGGGACAAAAAGACUGAGAAGAGCCCAGCAGAUGACAAGAGCAAGAAGCUGCAGACAGGCUUCCCCCAGUCCCACUACUUCGUGGCCCUCUACCGCUUCAAAGCCCUGGAGAAGGAUGACUUGGACUUCCCGCCAGGGGAGAAGAUCACGGUGGUGGAUGACUCCAACGAGGAGUGGUGGAGGGGGAAGAUCGGGGAGAAAGUUGGCUACUUCCCCCCGAACUUCAUCAUCCGGGUGCGGGCAGGGGAGAGGGUGCACAAGGUCACCAGGUCCUUCGUGGGCAACAGGGAGAUUGGGCAGAUCACGCUCAAGAAGGACCAGAUCGUGGUGCAGAAGGGGGAGGAGGUGAAUGGCUACGUCAAGGUCUACACCGGCCGCAAAGUUGGGCUCUUCCCUGUGGACUUCCUGCAGGAGAUCUGAGUGGGGCAGCGUCCCAGGGCCCCCCCCAGC